AAAAAAGAGACAGCAGCGUAGAGGCAUCGGAUAAUGAGAAGCCAUGAUUUCGUGGGGCUACUUAAAACAAACGGUUCAGAUCAAACCUCAGAUCAAAACGGCGGGAAAAUGGGGAAAGAGGCGGGAAAAGCUUCCAUAUAAAGGAAACAAGUUCACUCUUUUAAUUCUCGUUUUCUUGCCUUCGUUCACUUAUAAUUAAAAUUUGUAGGGUUUCUCGUGAACACAAGGGAAAUGGGGAAAAAGAAGAAAUCUAGGGUUUCUCGUGAAGAAGAAGAAGAAGAACAAGUAGAGGAAGUAGAAUUUGAACAACAAGAAGAAGCGAAUGAGAACUUGAAUCAGUCUUCCACUAACGACAGCAAGUCUCUCUAUGAGGUUCUUGGGGUUGAGCAAACAGCAUCACAACAGGAAAUAAAGAAAGCAUAUUACAAGUUGGCGUUAAGGUUACAUCCUGACAAAAAUCCUGGCGAUGAGGAUGCUAAAGAAAAGUUUCAGCAAUUGCAAAAGGUCAUCUCAAUUCUUGGCGAUGAGGAAAAACGAGCUGUCUAUGAUCAGACUGGUUCUGUUAAUGAUGCUGAUCUUGCAGGGGAUGUUGUUGAGAAUUUGAGGGAUUUUUUCAGAGCCAUGUACAAAAAGGUCACUGAAGCUGAUAUUGAAGAGUUUGAAGCAAAUUAUAGGGGAUCUGAUUCUGAGAAAAAAGAUUUGAUUGACCUCUAUAAGAAGUGCAAGGGUAAUAUGAAUAGGCUCUUCUGUUCAAUGCUCUGUUCUGAUCCUAAACUUGAUUCGCAUCGCUUCAAGGAUAUUCUGGAUGAGGCAGUUUCUGCAGGUGAUUUAAAGGAGACCAAAGCUUACCAGAAAUGGGCAAAGAAAGUAUCUGAAACAAAACCGCCUACCAGUCCUUUGAAAAGGAAGGCAAAAUCAAAUAAACAAUCAGAAGCAGAUCUGCUUGCUAUUAUAUCUCAGCGCCGAAGUGAGAGGAAAGACCGAUUUGAUUCCAUGUUCUCAUCUCUGGUAUCUAAAUAUGGUGGUAGUGCGGCUCCGGAACCUUCAGAAGAAGAAUUUGAAGCCAUACAGAGGAAAAUAGAGAGCCGGAAGGCUUCCAAAAAAUCAAAGCGGAAGUAACUCUUACCCUCUGAUAGAAAAUUGGCUCUGGGAUGACCUAAGUGAUGUACAAACUUUGCUUCUGUAUGCAGCAGGUGGAAAUAUCCUUAUCCUAGUUUCUAAACAUGUGAUUGCCAAUUCGUGAGUUUUAGGUCUCUUUGGGGCCAAAAGAUAUUUUCGGAUGUAUGUUCCUUCAUAUUUGAAUUUAAUAUAAGUUCCAGUUUAGAGGCUCUACAA